GUUACUUUUUUCCCUCUUUCUUUUCCCUCUUUCUUUUCCCUCUUUCUUUUCCUUCCCAAGAGGAGCCAUGUCUGGGAGCGGUGCAGGGCCUGACUCCACGUGCCGUUUAUAGCCUUCGCCUCCACCGCAGCAGCAGCAGCAGCAGUCGCGUCAGCACCCGCCAGUAGUCGCCAGUAGUCGCCAGCACCCGCCAGCAGUCGCCAGCAGUCGCCAACAGUCGCCAACAGUCGCCAGCAGUCGCCAGUAUCCGCCAGCAGUCGCCAGCACCCGUCAGCACCCGCCAGUAUCCGCCGCGAGCGCGCCCCCCCUCCCCGCCCGGCACCACGUCGACGGCCGACGAUGGAGUCCUCGUUUGAGCAGCGCCGCGCCGAAAUCCAGGCAAAAAAGGCCAAGCUCGCCGAGCUCAAGCGGCAGCGCGAACUGCGGCGCGAGCAGGCCGGCGCGAGCAGGCCGCCCACCGCUGCGAGUCCCCUGGGCGAGGUCCUGUCCCCGACGCCGCGCCGCAGCCAGGACCUCGACCGCAGGGCCGAUGUCGACCACCUCAUCAACAACAUCCUGGGCGACCGCCGGCCCGGCUCGACCCAGCCCGGCUCGCCCGCCGCACGCGCAACCCGGCCCACGUCGGUCGUGAGCGCCAGCCAGCUCAGCAGCGACAACGAGCCCGUCUCGCCCGCGCAGACUCGCAUGGUCGACGGCGGCACCCAGACGAUAUCCAUUGGCCCGCUCGCCACCGUCUACGAGAGCGCCGGCGACGCCCCCGUCACCGCCGAGGCCAACGCCCAAAAGGACGUCAUCACAUACAGCAAGGGCGUGCAGGCGAGCAUAGACUGGAGCCCGCCAAAGUCGCGCCGGGCCGGCGGGAGCGACACAGAGCGCGACGAGAGCCCGACGCGCUCGCCGCGCAGCAAGCGCCUGAGCAGAAGACAGAAAGAGCGCGACGACGAGAUCCGCAGCCAGCUGCGGAGGGAGAUUGAGGAAGAGAUCAAGGCUGCGCAGCAGGCGCCCCAGGACGGCACCCUGCCCGGGUUCGCCGAGAACUUCCCGUUCAAGCCUCUCUCCGACGAGGAGCUGGCUGCGGUCGAGAGCUCGGAAGACUUUGUUGGCUUCGUCGAGCGGAGCACCAAGGUCCUGGAGCGCGCCCUGGACCAACAGCUGGGGUACGAUAUUCUGGCAGACUACGCCCUCGACGGUGUCGACAUGGACGACGAGGACGAGGGCUAUGGCACGAGCACCGGCAAGAAGGGCAGGCGCGUCAAGGAGGUUGCCCAGUUUUGGGACGAGCGAUGGAGCAAGAAGAGAAUGGUCUCGGACCUGGGCUUCUCAACAAAGCACCCAGAACUCGUCCUGGCGUCCUACACCAAGAACCCGUCUGCCCCCCACGAUCCAGAUGGUCUGGUCCAGGUCUGGAACAUGCACAUGCACGACCGGCCCGAGUACAUUUUCCACGCCCAGUCGGAUAUCCUCACCGCCAAAUUCUCCCCGUUCCACCCAAACAUCAUCAUCGGCGGCGCCUACUCGGGCCAGGUCUUGCUGUGGGACACGCGCGCAAAGUCGGCCCCAGUGCAGAAGACACCGCUGACGGGAUCCGGACACACACAUCCCGUCUACUCGAUAGACGUGGUGGGAACGCAAAACGCAAACAAUAUUAUUUCCUGUUCAACAGACGGCGUCGUCUGUGGCUGGUCCGUCGACAUGCUCACCCAGCCUCAGGAGUUCCUUGAACUCACCUCGCCUCCGCCCGCAAAGACGGACGACAUGGCAGUAACGUGCGUUGCCUUUCCCCAGUCAGACCCCACCUACUUCCUCGCCGGCACAGAGGAGGGCUCCAUCUACGCCUGUCACCGCUACGAUCGCGCAGGCGCAAAAGCAGGUGUCGACGGGCGCGUCAAGUACGGAGGAAAAGACGCCGGCCACGCUGCGCCGGUGAUGAGCCUCGACUUCCACCCAGCAAAGGGCCAGAUCGACCUCGGCGACCUCGUCCUCUCCUCGAGCGUGGACUGGAGCGUCAAGCUCUGGAAGGUCCGCCCCCCAGCCGCGACCGGCACGGGCAACGCCACCCAGCCCGGCGCCGCCCAGCAAGUCGCGCCCGUCCUGGACAUUGCGCGCGAAGACCUCGUCUACGACGCCCGCUGGUCGCCCGUCAAGCCCUCUGUCUUUGCCCUCGUCGAUGGCGCGGGCUCCCUCGAGGUCUGGGACAUGAACGUCGACACCGAAGUCCCUGUCCAGUCUGUCAAGCCGAGCGACAACAAGAGAGGCGCCUUUGCGAACAUGCCGUCCGGCGGUGGCAUGAUGAAUCGCAGUCUCAACAAGGUGGCGUGGGAGAGGAACGAGGGCCGUCGGCUUGCGGUCGGUGGUAUGGACGGCGUCGUCACGAUAUUCGAAGUCGGCCAGGAUCUCGGCGGUGUUGAGACGAGGAGCGAAGAAUGGAGCGGCGUGAAAAGACUGGUGAGCCGAUUGGAGGCCCUCGCUGACGCUGCCAAUGGAAGGUAAAAAGCCGCAGACACAGACGGGCCUCUUGGAAAGAAAAAAAGGCUCGUGGCAUUGCCCUGCUCUGCAUGGCAUACCCCUUGUCCUUUGAAUCAACAUACCCCUUGUCCUUUG